AUGGAUUACAAACUGCUGCGAAGGCAUUUGCACCAAAGCUUUAUCUGCCGACAAGCCAUAAGCAACAUAAAGAAUAUAGUAGUAGCAACGAAUGCUGCAAUCUCAGGCCUUGCUGAACUGAGAUCAAAAUCUUCAAGGCCUAUACGGCAUAAGACGCAGAGCAGUCCAAACCCUUCUGUGAACUUCAGAGACCUUUAUAAAAAAUACAAUAAUGGCUUUACGGAGCCAGCAGUGGCAGAGCUGAAUUCUGUCAACCACUUCUUCAAUUCAGCGGAUGUCAAGUAUGAAUGGAGUGCUGGCCGGUUCAUGGACGUGCCAGGAGAGAGCUUGAAAGCGAAGUAUAGCCAGCAACUGGAGACAAGGAUUGGCUAUUCUGGGAAGAAAUUCCCGGGCAAGACAUACAUUCCGUUCGAGCUGGUCAAUGGACUACCGGAAGUCGCCUUCUUGGGUAAAUCAAACGCUGGAAAGUCGACCUUGCUCAACAAUCUAACUACGAGCCAGAAAAGGAUCUCCUUGGAAAGCACUGCACGGAGCUCCAGGUGGGCUGGCUUUACAAAGACUUUGAACUCGUUCAACGUUGGAAACGAGCUUAGAAUAGUGGAUACGCCGGGAUAUGGAUUCAACAGCAGCAUUGGUCAGGGAGAUCUAACGAUGCAAUAUUUGAAAGAAAGGAAAGAGCUUGCUAGAACCUUCUUGCUGAUUUCCGCUGAGCAGGGAUUUGGAGAACACGAUCUGCAGAUCGUCGACUUCAUGCGAGAUAAUGGGAUUCCAUUUGAGAUUGUGUUUACCAAGAUGGAUAAGAUAAGGAAUAUCGAGAAGUUCGAACAAUCGAUGGAAAGAGACCGGAAAUUCCUACAGUCGACAAUGGCGCGAAUACUAUUCACCAAUUCAUCAACUUCCAAAAGCUGCAAGAAAAGAUACGGUAUCGAUAUCCUUCGAUAUGUCAUUUUUGAAAGCUGCGGUUUAGAGCCAGGUCUCAAACCGUCGAGGAAGAAGCCUCAGUAG